GAUGCACCACAUCGCAGCUGGAGUCUUUGAAUCAGCUCCUACCUGGCUAUCCAAGUUGCCGGGUUUGGCUUCUCGGCUGGGCCGAAACCAUGGGGUGGAAAGGCGUCAAGAAACAUCUUACUUCCCGAGUCAUCCCGGCCUGGUCUCUCUCUAGGAAGUCCAGCAAGGAAGCCCUUGACGCAUCUGUCAAAGAAUCAUCCAAGGAUUCGAAGUCACGAUACUUUUCUUCGAACAAUGACACUAAAGGGCCCUCGCCUCUGGAGACCAAGUUGGAAUCGCUCUUCGCCUCGUUACAAGAUGCAAGCGAUGAGAAGGACAAAUUGGAGCUCGACUCCACAAUGGCAUACCUCACGGAGAAACUGAAAGUCAGUCUCGAAGAUGCCGAGCUUUUUGUGGCACUUGAGGUUGUUCAAGCACCCACUGUGGGAGUCAUCACCAAGAAAGGCUACGUGGACGGAUGGAAGGUGACUGGAGUCGGCGCAACACAUCAAGAGCAUGCUGCGUACAUCCAAAAACUUAUCUCGUCGCUUUCGAAGGACACCGCCCUGUUCAAGAAGGUCUACAGGCACACCUUUGUUGCCGGGAGGGAAAACGACCAAAAGGCCCUUAGCUUGGAAAAUGCCGUCAUCUACUGGGGCAUCCUCUUCUCUGCUCCCGGCAUGGCUUGGAAAACAAAGAGCCAUGAUUUCCUGGAACUAUGGAAGAGUUUCCUCAGCGAGAAGUGGACCCGUUCCGUUAACAGGGAUAUGUGGAACAUGGCGCUCGAGUUCGCUCUUAAGACGAUGUCGGACGAGACGCUGGCGUUCUGGAACGAGGAUGGAGCCUGGCCAAGCGUCAUUGAUGACUUUGUCGAGUGGUGCAAGGAGAAGGGCAUCGGUAAGACCGAUGGCAUGGAUGUCGACGACCAAUGAACCAACUUUCGAUAAUUCCUCAACCCCGGCAUACAUAAUGGACUGCGGCAAGCAUAACCCCGACGCCAAUAUAUUAUUUUACCAGACGACAUAUCGCACAGACGCCAGCCAGGAGUAUGGGCAAAAGGACUACGUUUCUAGACGGGGGUGGCGUCAACCAAGGAGUACUCGAGACUGCUAGGGCCGCGAAUGAUGACUUUAUGAUAGACAUGUAGGACAACAGAGGGAAGAA